UCCGCGCGCACUCGGUCUGCGCGCCAUCUUGACUACUCCGCGAGGGUCGAGCGUCCACUGGCGACCGUGUGCAUAUCCAGAGAGAUUCACCAAAGCUGCGAGAGCCCAAUGGAACACUACCGGAGGGCUGGCUCUGUGGAGCUCCCAGCCUCCUCACCAAUGCCUCAGCUACCUCCGGACACUCUGGAAAUGCGAGUCCGAGAUGGGAGCAAAAUCCGAAACCUGCUCGGGCUGGCACUGGGUCGGUUGGAAGGGGGAAGCACAAGGCACGUGGUGUUCUCAGGCUCUGGCCGGGCUGCUGGAAAGGCUGUUAGCUGUGCAGAGAUUGUCAAACGGCGGGUUCCAGGCCUACACCAGCUCACCAAGCUUCACUUCCUGCAAACUGAGGACAGCUGGGUCCCAACUUCACCAGACACAGGCCUAGACCCUCUCACAGUCCGACGCCAUGUGCCUGCAGUGUGGGUACUGCUUAGUCGGGACCCCUUGGAUCCCAGUGAAUGUGGCUACCAACCCCCAGGUGCACCUCCUGGCCUGGGCUCCAUACCUAGUUCCAGCUGUGGUCCCAGACCCCGAAGGAGGGCUCGGGACACCCGGUCAUGAAGUUCUGCUGGGCCUGACUGUACUCUAGACCUGAAUAUCUGUGCCUUCUCUAAGAAGCGUUUGAUUGCUCAACAUGCCAGUGAAGCUUACGUCCACAGGAGAACGUCCCCCCCCACCUCUGGAAAGUGGGCUGGGACUGUUACAAAGACUGGUGUGGGUCAGUGCCGAGUUAAAGACUGCUUGAGAAGGGCUUAUUCUGUCUCUACAGUGUAUCUCACUUGCCUUGUCUGACGUCCGACUAGGGAAGGGAAAUAAAGGUUGUACCCGUUUGUUUGGCCUGAUGUA